AUGAUUCAUUUGAAAUUUUUUGUAGUCCUGGCAUCGUUUAGCAAUAGUGGGCUUCUGGCUGACCUAUCUGUCGUCAUCCAACUGUGGAUGAAGGAAACAACCUUAGAUUUCAGAUACAGCUCAGUUAUUUAUGAUGUAAUCCCAAUAGCCUUUGCUGUGUUAGGACUUGCUUUCGUUUUCGCUCUUUAUAUAAUUCAUCUGAUCGCUUUGUCCUAUGGAUGGUCCAAAUUACAUCGACCAAACUCAGAGUAUCAUCACCAUCUAAUGAAACAGAAAGGAACCAAUGGAAAGACGUAUGAUCUACCUGGUGUGACUAUAAUUAAGCCGUUAGUCGGCAUAGAUGCCAAUCUAGAGACCAAUUUAACCAGUUUCUUUAAUCUAGACUAUCCCAAGUACGAAAUCUUUUUCUGCGUCCACAGGCGUGAGGAUGAAGCAGUGGGUGUGGCCAAAAAGCUAAUGCUCUUGUAUCCAGAUGUAUCCGCUCGUAUAUUUUAUGGCGGUGAAAACGUCGGCCUCAAUCCCAAAAUUAACAACAUGAUGCCCGCUUAUCGAGCUUCGCAAUACCCAUUCAUCUUAAUUAGUGACAGUGGUAUACUAAUGAGAACAGAUGCUUUAAAGGAUAUGGUGGAAACGAUGUUAUCCGGUGAACGUAAUGCGAUUGUAACUCAAACCCCAUAUUGUCUGGAUAGACCUGGAUUUGCCAAUACUGUUGAACAGAUUUACUUUGGCACUAGUCAUGGAAGAAUUUAUUUAGCUGGAAAUUGUUUAGGAUUCGUUUGCUCCACAGGAAUGUCUUCUCUUCUCCGAAAGAAGGCUUUAGAUGAGUGUGGAGGAAUUAGGGCUUUCGGUGACUAUCUCGCCGAAGACUUCUUCUUUGGAUUGAUUCUGAGCAGAAGAAAUUGGCAUGCUGCCAUUUCAUCCUAUCCUGCUCUGCAGAACACUGCUGAUCUCACACUUUCUAAAUUCCAUAACAGGAUAUGUAGAUGGAUGAAACUUAGAAUCGCUAUGCUUCCACAUAUUAUUUUUGUAGAACCUAUACAGGAUUGUUUCCCCUCUGGAAUUAUAUUCGCCUUAGUGUCUUCGUUUUUGUUUGGUGCAAACCCUCUGAAGGUUUUCUUGUUUCACUGUAUCUUCUGGCUUGUUUGUGAUUAUAACUUGUUGCUGCGAAUGCAGAAUGGAUUUUUAAAAUUCUCUUUCAAUGAAUUUUUAGUGGGCUGGUUUCUCCGAGAGAUCCUCAGCCCUCUCAAUUUCUUCCGAGCAUUAUUAAACCCAGAUAUAGAAUGGCGUCAUGGACGAUUCCGAUUACAUUGGGGAGGUAGAAUAAAAUCUCAUAGAUAA